UGAUCCUAAUGACCCCUGGGGGUCGAUACCAACCACUUUGAGAACCCCUGUUUUAGAGAGUAUUAAGCCAAAUUCUAAAAGAGAUUUUAAGCUACCUACAUUGUUUUAUACUUGUAAUAGGUGUCUAGGUGACAUGUAGAUAACAAGCCAAGUAGCACUGUUAGGUACUAUGUCAUUGUGUUUUCCAGAUACCUAGUAGCCUAUGUAUUAGAGGAGAGGUCAGUCAAAAUCAUUGAGCAAAAUUGGUGGUAAUGCUGCUGUCUUCAGGCUACCUCCAGUGGCAGAUUUAAGGGGGGACCUCCUGGUCAUGUGCAAUCCCCCUUCCCCUUGGAUAUGAAUAAUAGAACAUUGUUUUCUUUCAUUAAAUCAAUAUUAGUAGCAAACAUUUGCUUAGUUAAUGAUUAUUUCAACAGCAACUACUAAUGUGUGUCCAUAUAUGUGUGUGCAUUUGUUGAUAUGCACUAUAUUUGUGCACAUUUUACGUAUGUUAAUCCCAAGUGCCCCCAGUUUAAGAUUUCUAGGUCCGCCACUGGCUACCACCACAUUUCUUAUGCAACAGCCAAUUUGUGUUAGUAUCUUGAGGCCUGGACUGUAGUUUAAGGAGCCACUAAUCUCCUGAUUAUACGAGACUAAGCUUCUAAACACCAGCAGCUAAGGUAAUUGCUUAAUUGGUGCACAGCUUGACUUUCUUUACAAGUGAAGUUUAUGCCGAGACCAUAAUUGCCAUGAGGGUUUUUCCAGAGGUAAACGCACCUGUGAAAAUCUGAAGACAUGAUAGUCAAGAAGCGCUGGCCUCCAUGGCCAGAAGCUGAGAACACUGGGACAACAGAUUGGUGGAAGUGGGAAGAGGAGGUAUAUCGUAGCAAAAGAAGAAAUAAAGGAAUGUCAGGAAAAGAACAUGUUGCUGUCACUCUGCAUAAACGUGGUGAUGUCUGUCGUCGGGUUCAGUGCAGUCAUCAGAACUAUACCAUUGGUGUCCUCCAUGUUCAUCGAUGCAGGUCUAUUUGGACGAGACCUUUGUAAAAAGGAGCGUGACAAAAAAGUUCCAGAAUCCAUGGGAAUGGUCAGUGGUUCGGUGUUCCUGAUUACAAUGUUUCUGUUCCUUGGCGUUCCAUUUGGUCACCACUUCAUAAAUCGGAGUAGCCCCUUCCCACAUGCAGUGUUUGCCGAGUAUCUGACUUCCCUACUUAGCAUAUGUUGCAUGCUCUUCUUGGGUUUUGCUGACGAUGUUCUCAAUUUGAAGUGGAGAUACAAACUGGUGCUCCCGACUUUAGCAUCAUUACCGUUGCUGAUGGUCUACUACAUCAACAUGGGCUCUACAACAGUGGUGGUUCCAAAGCCUCUUCGAGCGUGGAUAGGCCUCACACUUAAUAUAGGACCUCUAUAUUACAUUUACAUGUCAAUGCUGGCUGUUUUUUGCACAAAUGCAAUAAAUAUAUAUGCCGGCAUCAAUGGACUUGAGAGUGGCCAAGCAAUUGUGAUCUCAGCAUCUGUUGCAACAUUUAAUUUGGUGGAGCUCGGCUGCUACCAGUCAAAGUUCCAUUACUUUUCGCUCUGUCUCAUUAUUCCUUUUCUGGCAACUUCUCUUGGGCUUUAUUUCUAUAACAGAUAUCCUGCAAAAGCUUUUGUUGGAGACACUUACACCUAUUUUGCUGGGAUGACUUUCGCUGUGGUGGCAAUUAUUGGUCACUUCAGCAAAACAGUUCUUCUGUUUUUCUUGCCACAGAUCUUCAACUUCUUGUACUCCACGCCACAACUGUUUCAUUUUGUACCCUGUCCAAGACAUCGUUUACCAAGAUAUAAUCCUGACUCAGAUAAGUUGGAGCCAAGUCUAGCAGAAUUCAAGACAAAUGCUGUUCGAAAACCAGUACUCUCUGUUCUACGAAUUCUGUCAAGAUUUGGCUUUGUGCGCCUUAAGGAAGGCCUUGGUGAAGAUGGGGACAUGUGUACAAUAAAUAAUCUCACUUUGAUAAACUUAGCAUUACUAAAGUUAGGACCUCAGAAUGAGGGAACAUUAACUUCCAUAUUAUUACUUUUACAGGUGUUGAGUUCAUGUCUAGCAUUUUUUAUACGAUAUCCUUUAGCAGACUUAUUUUUUUAAGAAUUUAUAUUCUUUUUGUUUUUACCUGACAAUUACUAUUGUGAUACAGUCCUGAAUGAACUACUUAUUUCAAGGAAUGAACUACUUAUUUCAAGAGUAAGUAAUACGCAUUUAGUUCAGCUUGACACUGGAUGGUUGAAUGUUGGUUCAUUUCCCAAUAUUGUAAAUUACAAUUGAGUUCACUCAUGAUUACUCAAACUAAUUCACCCAAAGCCAGUUUGGAUUUUCUAAAAAUCAAAAGUCCCCACAAAAGAAUGUAAAUCACUUACUGUCGUGUAGUUUAUGAAGUUAACACCAAGCACAUUUUCUUUCACCUUAUUUUUUUCAUUUGUAUGGUGUUCGUAUGCAAUUAUUAAAUGAAAGCACAAAGUUAUGGUAUGGAAAUACUGUACAAUGUAUGCCCCAUAAUUUAGCAUGUUCUUGUUCAAUAUGCAGACCAACAGAUUAGGGAGGUUCCCUUCAAAUAACCAGUAAAACAUCACUUUGAAGUAAUUUACGUUGAGAGUUACGCAGCCUUUUCAGAAUUUAGUGAUGCAUGAGAUAUAACCCUCAACUAAGGUCAUGGCUCCAUAGAUGAGGUUAAGAUACACUUUCCUGAGAUGCUUCAGGUUAUGAUUGAAGUGCACAGGACUCACAUCAAGUGUGACUCAGCUCUGAAAUGUCAGAUGGAAAAGCAAAUUACAAAUUACAGUAAUCUGUCCGACUAAGGAUGCAUGACAAUACUUGAAUAUUUUGUAAUCUGUCUGACAAAGGAUGCAUGACGAUACUUAAAUAUUUUAAUAAAAAUCUCAUCAUUGUUGGAUUUUUGGGCUUCAUGACCCAUUGCAACAUGGGUCAGACACUUGGGAUGUUUCAAGUUUUAAUAUUUUCUGGCUUAGAUGGGGCAAGAAUUUUAAAUCUACACUCUACCCUCGUCUUUUUGCCGGCAUUAGGGUAAGGAGAAUAAAGUUGAUAACCCAGUGCUUACAAUCUCAGAGUAUUGUGAGCUUGAGUUAAUGGGAUCUGGUAUUACUUGGGGAUCACUCAUCAUAAUAAUAUGCAGACCCAACACUUCAUCUUCUUCUCUUUCUUCUUCCUUAGCUGUGGUUGCCAUUUCUAAUGAGCCUUAUCCAUCUUGAAUGGGUCAUUUCAUUGUUGGUUUUGGCAGAUAUUUUAGAUUGGAUACCCUUCCUGACUCUAACCAUCUCCCUGGACUUGGCUAGGUUGCUUAACUUGGCUGACAGGAUGAGAAGCUGUGUUUUCAACGUGGUAUGGCCAUUAACUAGAUCCAUAAUUGCAUAACUUCACUAAGCAUCACUUACCUGACAACCAGUGGGUGUCUUUAGCCUUCAAAAAUUUGCACCUGUUUAACUUGUGCUAGUGCUCUCAUUAAUGACCAUCCACGUAAACUGCUACUAGUCACUUAAAAUGCUGUGAAUGAACUGGAGUUCAUAGCUUCCAGCACCAAAGUUACAAUUUUCAUAUGAGUGACAUGGUUAACAAGUCCAUGGCACCAUUAGAAUCAGUUUGAACAAGCCAGGACUUAAAACCAGUAUCAAGGUUGUCCUAAAUAUACAUGUGUAGCUGGUUUGAUAUGAAUAGCCUAACUGUACCUGUAUGUGUCUUGUAAGCAUACUGUCUGUCUGGAAGUUAUUGUUUAGAUUCAGGACAAGUUUGCAGUUAUCUUAUAAAGCGAUGGAAGAAUGACUUUGGUCUGUCAUUGCUGAUGUCAGUUGUUUUAUAACUCUUUGCUACAGAGGUAAUUUACAUGCACCCAGAAGAUACUACGUAUUUAUAAAGGGAAAAGAAUAAAAGUGUAUUGUAUAUAGGAAAAUUACCCUUCUAUAUAUUAGCUAACCAAACUGUUGACGCUAUCUUGGAUGUUGUUAAAGUCCCAUGGAAAAAAAGCAGAUGUGAGGAGACUUGGCUGAGGAUAAUGUAGCAGGAAGAGGUAUAUAGAACAUAAGACUGUGUGGCCUGAAAGGCUCUUAUCUCGUCAUUAUCCUUCAGGUGGUUCAUGAUUAUCACUAUCACCCUCCCUGUGCAUUGUCAUCAUUUAAAUGUAAUGUUGUUCCGACACGGCAUACAAACCUUCGGUCCUUUUACAAUAGGAAGGUACUAGCGGCAGCUGGAUAGGUCGUAAGCUUUCGA